UUUAUUAUCCUCCAAACACCCAAAUCCAAGCUCGCUUCAAAACAAAGAGCAAAAAAACAAACCCAAAAGAAGUUGAAGAACUCCCACGCUCUCUGCUCUUGCUUUGAGGACUGUAAGUGUAAGUGCAACAAGGCCUCCUCCCAAUUCUCAAGGCUUAAUUUUAUUCGCCAUUCUCUUCUUCUUCUUCCCCUGUUUUUCUCCUCUGAGUUCAUCUUCAUAGCCAUUUUCCUCAUCUGGGUCACCUCAGAAACCUCAAGAAAUCAAGAAGAACAAGAAGAAAGAUGAUUAGUCUUUUGGAUUUCUACCAUGUAAUGACGGCAGUGGUUCCUCUUUAUGUGGCUAUGAUUUUAGCUUAUGGGUCUGUGAAAUGGUGGAAGAUCUUCACUCCUGAUCAGUGCUCUGGAAUCAAUCGUUUUGUUGCUCUGUUUGCAGUUCCUCUUCUUUCUUUUCAUUUUAUUUCCACCAACAAUCCAUAUACCAUGAACUUGAGGUUUAUUGCGGCUGAUACUCUCCAAAAGCUCAUUGUUCUUGCUGUUCUUGCUGUUUGGAGCAACAUAAGCAAAAGGGGUUGUUUGGAAUGGACGAUUACUCUGUUUUCCCUUUCAACAUUGCCUAAUACUCUGGUUAUGGGAAUUCCUCUGCUUAAAGGGAUGUAUGGGGAGUUUUCAGGGAGUUUGAUGGUUCAGAUUGUUGUUCUUCAGUGUAUUAUUUGGUAUACAUUGAUGCUGUUCAUGUUUGAAUAUAGAGGAGCUAGAGUGCUGAUUUCUGAGCAGUUUCCAGACACUGCUGGUUCUAUUGUCUCAAUUCAUGUCGAUUCUGAUAUCAUGUCGUUGGAUGGAAGGCAAGUUCUUGAAACAGAGGCUGAGAUUAAGGAAGAUGGGAAGCUUCAUGUGACUGUGAGGAAAUCAAAUGCUUCAAGAUCAGAUAUCUUCUCGAGAAGAUCUGUGGGGUUGUCUUCUACAACGCCACGCCCUUCUAAUUUGACUAAUGCAGAGAUUUACUCUCUGCAAUCAUCUCGAAAUCCCACUCCAAGAGGCUCAAGUUUUAACCAUACUGAUUUCUACUCUAUGAUGGCUACUGGUGGAAGAAACUCCAACUUUGGCUCUUCUGAUGUUUACGGCCUUUCGGCGUCGAGAGGACCGACACCGAGACCGUCGAAUUACGAGGAGGAAGGCGGGAAACCAAGGUUUCAUUACAAUGCAAAUGCAAAUCAUUACCCUGCUCCAAACCCAGGAAUGUUUUCACCUACAGGAUCCAAAAAUGCAGCAACCAAUACUAAGAAGCCUGUUAAUGGAGUUGUGGCUCAGCAGAAAACAGAGGAUGGAAACAAAGAUUUGCAUAUGUUUGUUUGGAGUUCAAGUGCUUCCCCUGUUUCUGAUGUGUUUGGAAACCAUGAAUUUGGUGCACAUAAUGAUCAAAAGGAUGUGAGAUUGGCUGUGUCUCCUGGAAAAGUGGAGGGUCGUAGAGAAAACCAAGAAGAAUAUACAGAGAGGGAAGAAUUCAGCUAUGGAAACAGAGAGAGUAUGAACAGUAACAACAAUGGAGUAGCAGAGAAACCCAAAACCAUGCCGCCAACGAGUGUCAUGACAAGGCUAAUCUUGAUCAUGGUUUGGAGAAAGCUGAUCAGAAACCCCAACACUUACUCGAGUUUGAUCGGCCUGACUUGGUCCUUGAUAUCAUUCAGGUGGAGUGUCGAAAUGCCAGCCAUUGUUGCAAAGUCGAUAUCUAUUCUCUCGGAUGCAGGGCUUGGAAUGGCCAUGUUCAGUCUUGGGUUGUUCAUGGCUUUGCAGCCAAAGAUGAUAGCAUGUGGGAAUAGCAUAGCAGCUUUUUCAAUGGCUGUGAGAUUCCUUACAGGACCAGCUGUAAUGGCUGUGGCUUCCAUUGCUGUUGGGCUUAGAGGAGUUCUCUUACGAGUAGCCAUUGUCCAGGCAGCUCUCCCACAAGGAAUUGUCCCCUUUGUCUUUGCCAAGGAGUACAACGUACACCCUGAUAUUCUCAGCACAGGAGUUAUCUUCGGAAUGUUGAUCGCUUUGCCUAUCACGCUUGUUUACUACAUUUUGCUGGGGAUUUGAGGCUGCCAUGGAAGCCAAGGUCAGCCAUGGCUGCGUCCGCCAUGGGAGGCCAUUUCAAAAGCUUCAAAGCUUUGGGAAAGAAGAUUUUAACAGGGAAAAAGAUAAAGGAGAAGAAGAAAGAGGAGAGAUUUGAGGGAAAUGGGGAAAAUUCUUCCAAGAGAAGGGGAAAAAACAGGCUGUAAAAUCAUUAUGUUUGGUAGUCAACUAUAUAAGAAAAAAAAUGUUUUGGUUUUUUA